AUGGGAGACUUUAUUGGUCAUGUAUAUCCAGGUUUGUUUCUGGUCUUAUAUGGACUGUAUCAGGCAACAGUGGUCUCCAGAGCUUUGAUAUUCAACGACUCUCUCCUGCAUCCUUCAUGCCUUCCUAAGAAUAAGGGAAGAUGGGCCAGGCUGUGGAAAAUAGCCCAUGGAGGCUGGUGCAAAGUAGUGACUGGCUCCUUCUUGAUAGUUUAUGAGAUCAGCUGCAUGGAAGGAGAGUUGAAAUUGAUGGACAAGGUAAUGCCACCAAGGUUUAUGUACCCCAAAGAGUGGCAGCACCUCACCAUGUUCACCCUCCUCACCCUUGAUGGCUGUGUAGAUGUUCUGAGCAAGAAUGUUCUGCCGCAGAGGUGUGUGGCUCUAGAAAGAGGUGCCAUGGUCCUGGGCUUCUACGAGCUCCUGCUGCUACUGGUAUCACAUGUUAAGGACUCAUCUGGGGUGGAGCUGCAUGUUCACUCUCUACUCAUCCUGGUGGUGUUCCUGCUGACGCUGGUCUUGACUGCAGAGCUGUGGGCUCCCGAGAUGUUUCACCUCUGGAUAAUGGAGACCUUCCUGCUUCUGAUGAUGGGUUCCUGGCUGAUACAAGCAGGCUUUAUUCUAUUUAGACCAGUCUCUGGCUACCCAUGGGAUGAUGAUGACAUCAGUGACAUCAUGUUUGUCACCACCUUCUUCUGCUGGCAUAUGAUUAUCAAUGCCUUAUGCCUAUUGGGAAUCUAUGCCUUGUCUUCUUUUUGGCAUCAUUGUUACAGUCCCAGCUGGAAGCUGAUGGGGUUCAAAGAAGCUCAGUAUCAUGAGAGCACCUCAGGACCCCUGUAUAGGUUGCUGUGGGAAGCAGAGCAGCUGGACAAGGAUGAUCAGACUGUCCUCCUUUCAAAGAGCGCUCCCUGUGUCAGGGCCUAG